AUGGCUGGCUCUGGAGUAGAACUCCUUUUUGGUCCGAUGCUCAUUGGCACAAUUCUGAGCUCUAUCUGUUAUGGAAUCAUGAGCUUACAGAUGUUCAUCUACUACCAAACAUAUAAAAAGGAUCUCAUCUGGAUUCGAUACUUUGUCCUCUAUCUCUUUCUUGCAGAAACGACCAACCUCCUCUUCGAAAUCGGCAUCAUAUACGAACCGCUCAUCGUCCGUUAUGGAGCUCCAAGAGCACUUGUUGUAUCACCAAUCCUCCUUCCUGGUGACGCCAUUUCCAUUGUUCUGGUUUCGACGCCAAUCCAAAUGUUCACCGCCUGGCGCAUCAGCGUUAUUACCGGGAAGAAGAUAUUCUCUGUUCUCAUCAGCCUUUUCGCUUUGGUUUCUUUUGGUACUUCAAUCUUGCCCUGUCCUUCCGCGGCUGAUAUUCUCCUUUCAGGCGGUGGUGCCAUGGUCAGCAUCUUCACCGUCAUGCGGAAUCAGUACCGCGAGUUCGCAAGCUUUACUAGUGUUAUAAUUCUCUGGCUUGUCUGCAGUGCAUUCUGUGAUGUGCUCAUUGCGGUCGUCCUAACGUAUUCUUUGAGUACGCGCAAGACUGGAUUCACGGCUGUCGAUGGACAAAUAAACCGAAUCAUUCGCCUCACAGUCCAAACAGGUGCUAUCACCGCCGUGGCUGCAUUGUUGGACCUCAUCCUCUUUCUAUCAUUCCCAACAUCAACAGUGCAAUUCAUUCCCGACUUCCCGCUUUCCAAGAUGUACUCGAUAUGCUUGGUCAGCACAUUAAAUGCCAGGGCACGCGGGAAAUCGGAUGUCGAACAACAACGCCUCCCUAAUGCUUUAUUUAAGGAUUCCACGGGCCUAACUUCCGCAUCUGCGAUCUCUGGCAGCCGUGACGGUGCGACGGGAGCUAGUUCAUUGACCAGUCCAGUCAACCUUUACUCGUCACCCAUUCAGUAUUACCCUGGCUCUGGAUCUAUGGCUACCCUCGUUCCCACUGAUCGAUCAGCUUUGUCAAGCAGCGGGCAUCUCAAGUCGACCUCAUCUUCUUCCAACCUCAUCUCGCGGCCGCUCACACGACCUCGUUCCAGGUCGCAACCGCCUAGCCACAAGAGCUCGUAUGAUGACUUGGAGAAGGGCCACCGUGAACGAGACCUUCCGCCUGCGCCGCCGACUCACAGUCGUGACCCUUCAGCCACGGGGAGACAGCCGCAUUACAUCCAACCACGUCCGCGUAAGGACUCUGCGGCCCAGGCGAUGUCUCAGGCCCCCGUUGUCCUUGAACCACGGAGGCCACCACCACGCAAUGCGUUAUAG